UAACGCAACGCGGGGAGUCCCCCUCGACCGGUCGCGGUUGCGAGAUACCCAGCUGGCUCGAGCCGGAUGGGGUGCUGCCGCGGGUACCCCCCAUGCGCACUUUGACAGUUAGUAGGUUUGUAGGCUACUCACGGAGACGGAACCUGCAUCUGGACUGGCAGAGAGAUAUUACUACAAGGCUAUAACACAAGACGACUCAAAGGGAAACGCUCACUAGGCUACUAACUAGCAUAGCGAGUGGAUUUGACCGAGGUUUUCCGUUUUGCUAGACAUUUCACAUUUUGGACAAGGGAACAGUGCGUUGCUACUUAGCUGCACAUGGAACAGUUGUACGUUUAAAAGCGAAAACGAGUAUCACUUAAUUUCACUAAAUUACAAGGAGCACAUUGGAAUUACUAUAUCAGACUUGUAGUUGGCAUCCUCCUCCUAGAAGUCUAAAACAAGGCUCUUAACAUCAGAGAGAGAGACACAGCCACAGCCCUUCUCCCCUUCCCCUCAUCCUCCUUUCUUCUCCCAUUGGACAGAGAGAGAGAGAGAGAGAGGGAAAGUGAGAAAGAAGAGGGAGACAUGUACCAAACACUCCUCCUCUCCUCCUCGCUCUUCAUCCUCCAUGUGACGGCCACUCCACAGUUCCACGGUCACCACGGGAGGAGGGUGUGUGGCAGAGAUAUUCAUCACAGCAGUGUCAUCAAGACGACCGAGUCGUUCGUCCAGCCCGUUCACAAACCUUACAUCACCCUAUGUCAGGGGCACCGCCUCUGUAGCACCUACAAGACAGUGUACAGGGUGGCGUACCGUCAGGUGACCAGAGCAGUGCCAGUCUCACACUCUUACACAGAAUGCUGCCCGGGUUGGCGACGACUCCACUCACACAACUGUAACCAAGGUAAUAGGGGUUUACACUCUCCUAGCAUCCCGUAUGUGUGCGCGUUAAUUUUUGAUUAUUUCUCUCUGUCCUCUCUAGCGGUGUGUGGCCAGUCCUGUGUGAACGGAGGAACAUGUUUAAGACCCAACCACUGCGCCUGUCCUCUGGGAUGGAUGGGUCGUCACUGCCAAACAGAUGUGGAUGAGUGCAGUGAGCAGCAGCCCUGUUCUCAUCAGUGUGUGAACAUGGCAGGCAGCUACCACUGUGUGUGUAAAGAGGGCUACAGGCUGGCAGGAGACACACACUCCUGUGAGAACCUUCCUCCUCCUCCGGCCUCUUCCACCCACCCCAGUCAAGAAGCAGCAAACGAUCACAGACCCCCCUCCAGUGAUACAGGUGGAGGGUAUGGGCUGACUGAGAACGUAACAGAGGAGGUCCAGAGCCUGAAGAACAGAGUAGAGCUGCUGGAGCAGAAGCUCCAGUUGGUCCUGGCCCCUUUCACCAGUCUGUUCCCCAUGUCGCUGGACGAGGGCGUGUCUGAGAAAACCAGCUUCCUGUCCCACUCCUUCCAGCAGCUGGAUCGCAUCGACUCGCUCAGCGAACAGGUCGGCUUCCUCGAGGAACGCCUCGGAAGCUGUUCCUGCCAAGAGAAUUAGAGACAACAGGACUGGGUCACCCUCACCAACCAGAUAUCUCCAGGCAAGUCUGAGUCCACAACACAAUAGGAAUGAAUGCCCCAGCCCAACGAUAUGGGAGGAUGAGGAUGAACAUUAGCAGAACAUAGGCCUACUCAGUGUUUGUGUAUUCCUGUUCCUAUACCAGCCCAAAGGCUAACUCGAACACUAGCUCUAUGAUGGGCAACCCUGUCAUGUGCUUUGUCAGUGACACAUACAACCCUUUUAAGUGUCUCUUUCCUUCACUCCGAACAGCAUCAUUUCAUGUCAUUGCUGUAUUACGGAGACAUAGAAGAGCAUAUAGAAUCACCACCUGUGACGGUUACAGGGGCCUCAUUCUACCAUUAGCACAUUACCUGAGAGUCGAAGUUAAAACUGCCAAUUUCACUCUGAAGUAUCUGGUUUCCAUGUUUUCGGUUCACAUCAGUCCACUGUCAGAGCCCCCAUGGUGGGGUUCGCAUGGACAUCUGUAUUUAUGUAUUUAAGUUAGAAUUCCUUGUGCUUAUUUCAUAGAGCUACAAUAGUUAGUUUACUUUUCUUUUUUUUUACCUUGUUUUGUAACUUUUUGUAAUAAAAUUGAUUAAAUCAAAAA